AUGGCUGCCGGCUUCGAUCCAUCAAUGUCAAUUGGCCCUGGCCGCCAGACCAUGGCCCCCGUUGGCCCCUCCGCCGCCGACACGCUGCCCAGCAUCGACUUUGGGUUCGACGAUUUGCGCGAGCGCAUGGCCAAGUUUACAGCUAAAUUCGAUGCCUUUAUUGAGCAAGGCCGCAAGCGUGUCUUGGAGGAGCGCAAUCAAUUCCGCGUCAACAUGGCCGAGCUUCAAGAGGAUGAACGCAUGCGACGGAGAGAUAUUGAAAUCGCCCAAGUCAAAAUGUCAACGUACCAGCAAACCAUUGAGAAGGAAGAAGCCGAGAAGCGCGAAAUGGAAGGCUCGAUAUCCUCGCUCGCCGCCCAGCGCGACAGCCACAUCGCCGCGCGCGACAGCCUCAAGGCCCAGAUUGCAGAGACCCAAGCUGAGAUAGACUCUCGACUGGCCGCCCAACGCGCCUACAUGAAGCAGAAGGAGGCGCAGCUACGGUACAACGUCCCCGAGCUGGACUUUUGGAUCACAAACCUGUGUCUACGGAUUGAGGGCGCGGGAAAAGACGACCGGCUCAAGUUUGUGUACACGCAUAUUGACGAGAAAAACUGGGAGCGCGAAGCGUGGUUCGAGCUGGUGACUAGCUCGAGGGACUACGAUGUGAAGCAUUGCAGGCCUAAACUGGAGCGUGAGAGCGUCGAGAGGGUGCUGGAUAAGGUCAACGAGUCGAGGGAACUGGUUGUGCUGCUGAAGGGAAUGAGAGAGCUGUUUGUGGAGGCCGUAAAGUCCUGA